AUGGCCGCUACGAAGUUGACUUGGCUAAUUACUGGCGCCUCGUCGGGUAUCGGGAAAUCCCUUGCCUCGGAGGCUCUCAAAGUCGGCUACAAGGUCAUUGCGACAACGCGUGAUGUUGGCAAGGCUGAAGCUGCCUACCCAGACUUUUCAACCAAAGGCGGAAUCUGGAUUGGACUCGAUCCUGCUCAAAAGGAUGCCUACGAUCAAUUCGCCAAGUACUCCCAGGAGCACAACGUGGAUGUUCUAGUAAACAAUGCAGGCUAUGCUUUCAUUGGCGGUGUUGAAGAUACAAGUGAGGCCGAAGUUCGCAACCAAAUGGAAGUUAACUUCUACGGGCCUCUUCGUGCUGUUCGAGCCUGUCUUCCAGUCAUGCGUGCACGAGGCUCUGGUCAUAUCAUCCUCAUCAGCAGUGGUGCUGGCUUCAUCGCGCGUCCCGGGAGAUCGACCUAUUCAGCUAGCAAAUUCGGUAUCGAGGCUGUUCACGAGUCCCUUUCCCACGAGGUUCGGACUCUCGGCAUCAAAGUCCUGAUUGUGGAACCUGGUGCCUUCCGAACUCCCUUCUCAAGCCGUAUUAUUACUCCCUCUCACCUUGAGAAUGGUUUCAGCGACGGCUAUAAGGGUACUGCUGUGGAGCAGAUGGUCACUGGCUCUCGAUCGCUUACCUCGAUCCCGGAUUUUAUUAGAGGAGAUCCAGACAAGGCGGCUCGGGCAGUCAUUGAUGCUACCGUGACCGGAUAUGAUUAUCUUCGCUUGCCACUGGGGAAGGACUGUGUGGUCGCCUUGGAAUCGAAGAUUGGGGAGCUUCAGAGAGACCUAGACGCCACCCGAGCAAUUGCUACGUCCACCGAUAUUGAUUAA